UGUCCAGGUGCCCCUUGGCGGUGGUCACGGGCCUCAGCAGGGUUGAGCUUCUAAGCUCCAAAUCUUUGGCCUUGAUGUAAUCCGGUGGUUGCCCUGCCCUCUCAUGCUCCGGGGGAAGUAUUGCCCUAGAUAUGUCCUCUCCCCUGGUCCUUCCAUCAUAGGAGUGUCCCGGCUGUCUGCCACAGUGUUUAUUGUCAGGGUGUAUUUUUGUGCUGCAACUUGUUUAACUCUUCUUUGGCUUGAAAGUAAUAAUACUGAAACGUAUACAUCCACAGAAAUUCGAAGACUUGGUAUGGGCGAAUGGUCUGGUCUGUUGAAUAAAUUUGAAAGGAAUGCAGUAAAAGUUCUACACAAAAACAAAAACUGAUGGUAAUGAAGAUGGUGGACUGAGUUGAGACAUCAGUUUAAUUUUGCACAGGGUGAGAAAGGAGCGUUACAAAUAAGCAAAGAGAUAGCAUUUUGAGAUCAGUGAGCAUCUCUGCCACUGUGGUCUGCCUUUUGUUUAUUUUCUCUUCUGUUUUCCAAGCCUGAGGCAGAAGUGACAAAGGAUGACAAAACAGCUGUUGGAAGUUUUGCCCAUCCUCACAAACGCCCCCAUUUGAAUUACAGACACACAUUGUGUGGCGAGUGCUCAGUGGACCUGGAUUGUCACCGACAUGGACCUGCACUGUCAGCUUCUGGUCAUUGCCUUCAUGCUGCCCUCUGCCCCUGGUGACCUCAAAAGCAACAGCAGCUCACCGGAGAAUUCCACCUUCUCAUCUCUUGAUGCAGCAGCAAACUUUACUAACCAGAUGAGAGCAGCAAAUGUCACCAGCCGUGGCCAACCUGGGGAGCUUCAUCCGUUUGAAUACGACUAUGAAACACUGCGCCUCUGUGGCUUGGUGACUGCAGCCGUCAUAGCCGUAGUCGGACUCCUCCUCCUGAUUGCCUGCAAAUUCCGAUGUAGCCGACAUAAUAAAAAAUUUAUCAUUCAAGAAACAAAAGAAAAGCAAAGCACACAGCUCCUGUCCUUGCGCCCACUGAAUGUGGAUCAAUAAAUGGCCCCCCAAAGAGAAGGGAUCUGAUAUUUGUGAUGUGCUGAAGAUAAGAGAACAUUUAAGGUGAAGUGCACACUAAAUAUUAACUGAGAGACCUGUAAGAAGUUGAAGAGCUGCUGACUGGAGGUGGUACCAUCAAGAGAUGUCCUGGGGAUAAGUUGUACGAUAAAUUGUGGCUGGACUCAACCAACUAAAUAAUCUUUUAAAAUGGCAUUUCAUUUUCUAUUAUGCAAUAUACAGGUAUUACUUACUUAUUUUAGCAUUCUCAAAAGUCAAGAUGACCAAGCGCUAGUAGAGAAGUAGGUCAGUCCACACAAAAGAAAUUACAUAUACCACAGUUAUGUCAUCAAAGUAUUUUAAAACAUGAAUAAUUGUACUGUGCAUGUUAAAUGUGUCUAAUAUGGUAACUUGUAGUUUAGAAAACAUUUUGCUGUUUAUUUAUUGAAACCUUUGCUAAAAUCAGAGACAUCAUUUUUCAAGAAAUACUGAUUUAGGCUGAAGAGAUUUAAUGGUGUAUGGCAGAAGAGAUGGCUGAGUCUCAAACAUCAUUGACUGCCAAGUGCAAUAAGUCAAUACUAAUCGGAUUUAUAAUGUAAUAAGGUAAGACAGUCAAUUGACAACAUCUUUACUAAACGACACUGGCAUUAAAUGAGAAAUGGAUGUGGCUUGAGUACAUUACAGCACUCUUUAUAAUAUUCUGUAACUUUUUAAUUUAUGUAGAUUGUAUGACAAGAGUUUUGUUUU